AUGAGUGGAGAGGGCACAGCGCGAGAUUCAGCUCUGGAAUCCGCAGACAAAGCACUUAUGAAUACCUCCGGCCUUCCGGACUCAUCCAGUCCUGAGCCCGAACAGGGUAGAGGUACCGAUGCGACCGCAACCCAGGACGCAACUUCUGUCGCACCUUCCGACCCAGCCUCUUCACCAUCGGAGAGCACACCGACCGCUGCUGAAGGCGUCAACGCUCCGAAGAAACGCCAUUUGUUGAUCCCCAUCCCAUCGCGACGAUCCUCGAGAACCAACAAACAACAGGAGUCGGAAAAGACCGAGGAAGCAGCGCAAGAUGAGCCUUCUCGGAGGAGUUCCAAAGUGAGCAUCCUACGGUCUAAACGGGAUCACAGCCGGGCAAGUAGCCGACGGUCGCGCCAGACUCAGAACGGAGUGAAUGCGGAGGAGAGUAAAGAGGCGACGACUAUGCCCGGUCACAAUCCCUCAAAGCCUCAACAAAAGAAAGGUCCAUCUAAGUUCCUAGCUUUCUUGGGCUGUUGCUCCUCUUCGGAUGUUGAUGCAGAUGACACUGCUUUGCCUGCAAAGAAAACAACCAUGCGGCCACCUGCUUCUAACAGAUUGCCUACUCCAGACAAGGUAGAGCCUCCUACUGGUGACUCAAGCACUGUAGAAUCAAGGGAGCCAUAUCUAGAUGAAAAAGCAAACUCCACAGUCAGCGCCGAUCAACCUGGCGAAGAAGACCGCCAUGUCCACCCUGCUAUGGCUAGUGUGCAAGGCGAUGGUCCUUCUGUGGAUGCCACGCAGCCAGAAUUUUCUGGCCAGAAAGAUCAGACCAAGGAUGUUACCCCACACGAUCAAACGAAAAUCGUGAUGGAAUCUGUACCUGAAGUGAAAGCAGAUGCAAACACUUACAAUGGGGAGGGCCAAUCAACCUCAACCACCGAGGACCUCCCUUCUGCAUCAACCCACAUCUCAUCAAGAAAUGAAACUUCCCGUGGUGAUCCCUCCACCACCACCACCGCUGCCACCUGCACCCCCGGCCCCCCUGCUCGAGGCAACUAUGAGGACGCAGCACAUCCUUUGCUCCCUGCGCCUUUGCCUCACUUAAGUGGCCGAAAGUGCUUGGUACUUGAUCUCGAUGAAACACUGGUUCACAGCAGCUUCAAGGUCUUGGAGCGUGCCGACUUCACCAUUCCAGUUGAGAUCGAAGGUCAAUAUCACAACAUCUAUGUGAUUAAACGUCCUGGCGUGGACGCAUUCAUGAAGCGCGUUGGUGAACUUUACGAAGUGGUGGUAUUCACUGCCUCGGUUUCAAAGUAUGGCGACCCUUUGCUUGAUCAACUUGAUAUUCACAACGUGGUUCAUCACCGCUUAUUCCGAGAGAGUUGUUAUAACCACCAGGGGAACUACGUCAAGGAUCUUUCACAAGUCGGUCGAGACUUGAAGGACACAAUCAUCAUUGAUAAUUCCCCCACAUCCUACAUCUUCCACCCCGAGCAUGCGAUUCCCAUCAGUAGCUGGUUCUCUGACGCUCAUGACAAUGAGUUGCUCGAUCUCAUCCCUGUCCUCGAGGAUCUCGCAGGGCCCCUGGUCCAAGAUGUCAGCAUGGUCCUGGACUGCACCCUGUAG